AUGAGUACUACGAGUAGUAGAAGAAAUGAUAGAUCAAAUAGUAGUGGAAAUAAUAAUGACUAUAUUAGUGGUGGAGGAGGAGGAGGAGGAGGAGGAGGGGGAGAAGUUGAUAAUACUCUAGAUCAGAUGGGUAUUGAAGUAAUAGAUAAUGGAAAUCAAGAAUAUAAAUACAAUGACAAUGACAAUGAUAAUACAUUAAUGGGUGCCGAUAACAAUGAUGACAAUCAUAAUGAUAAUGAUAAUACAUCAACAUCACAAGAUACAUUGUUAACUCAUUUUGAAAGAUCGCAAUCAUCUUUACAUACACCACAAAAUAUAAUUAAUAGUAUACAUAUACCCUCACUAGAAGAUUCACAACGUCAUUCUGAUCAAAUGAUUAAAAUAGCAAUGGUAAUAUUUUUUUAUUUCUUUAUAUCUAUAUCAUUGAUUGCAAGAUCAUUAGCUAUUUGUUUCUCAUUAUUAUUGACAUAUUUAAUCUUAAAGACAAAGACUUCAUUUAAAGCUUCCAUGGCAUGUAUAGUUGUAUUUUUUGGUUUUGUACUGGGUGUCAUGGGAGAAGUUAACUUUUCAUGGUUGGGUGUUACAUUUGGUGUACUUUCAAGUUUAUUUGUUGCUCUCUAUUCAAUCUAUGUAAAGAGAGUUUUACCUGCUUGUGAUCAAAAUGAAUGGAAAUUAUCAAUUUAUAAUACAGCGAUAUCAAUAGUAUUAAUUUUACCUCUAAGUAUUGUAUCUGGAGAAUUUCAAACGAUUUGGAUGGAACCAAUUAUUUAUACAGGUCAAUUUUGGUUGAUGAUGACGAUUGCAGGUGCCAUGGGAUACUUGAUCAGUAUCGCAGUCUUUAUGCAAAUUAAACAUACCAGUCCACUUACCAAUUCCAUCUCGGCAACUUUAAAAUCAUGUCUACAAACUAUCCUUGCCGUUUGGGUUUGGGGUAAUGAAAUUUCGUUUACAAAUGCAAUUGGAAUCGUUUUGGUUAUUUUUGGUUCAUUCUAUUAUUCCUUUGUUAGAUAUCAAGAAAUGAAAAAAUAA